CUGUGUGUCAUUACAAACAACACGAUUCUCUCUAAAUUUUCUUCACUCUUGAUUCUGAGGGACAUUUAUCAAAUUUUGCUGUCAUUGUAAUUUUAAAAAUGUCGCUGUAUGAUGGUUUAGACAUUGACAAAGAAGAGGGUGGAAGUACAAAGCCUGUUGUAGCUGGAUGGUCAUCUAAUUACAAACUUCUGCAGUCACAACUACAGGCCAAGAAAGCAUCCUCCUCACAAAGUCGAAAGAGCAGACAUGGAGGAGCCACGCUGGCCCCCGUGAUGGACCUCAAGAAAUCCAACGAUUCAGAGCUCUAUUUCAACCAGAUCACUGGCAGGAUUGAGAGAAGUCCUAGAAUAUCAGCCAAUCUCGGUAGCUCCCCCUUCAUACCUUCAGAACCAGUUCCCUCCCUGACAGGAGUAACAGAUGAGUAUGACCCCCUCAGACCUAAUGAUUAUGAGGACUUUGUCAAAAAGAGGAAAGAACAGCGAAUGAAAGAGAGAGAGGAGGACAUGAGAAAGAGGGACAAUGAUGAGGACCGACACUCCAGGAGACGAAGAGAUAGAGACAGAGAUAGGGAUCGUGAUAGAGAUAGAGACAGAGAUGAUUACAACAGGAGGGGAGGUGGGGAGAUGGAGCGGGCUCAGCGAAGACGAGAUGAGGAGGAGGAGGACGACUAUGAGAAACCUAUGAAACCAGGUGGAGGAGCAGCUAUUGCCCCUCCCACAUCACUCAUUGAAGAGGACCAGGUGUCCAGUGACAUGGGUGGUUCACCUAUUAUGCCAAACAGAUCUGGUUCUCCACCUAUGGGCUACACUAUAGGCUUAGGAGGAUCUGUGGCCUCUAAGAUCAUGGCUAAGUAUGGAUACAAGGAGGGGCAGGGUCUGGGGAAGUCAGAGCAGGGAAUGAGUACAGCAUUGUUUGUGGAGAAGACUAGCAAGAGAGGGGGAAAGAUUAUUCACGAGAAAGAUCUACCCAAAAUUGAGCCACCUUCAAGAGAGCCUUCUUCAAACACAAAUUUAAUGAAAAAUCCUUCAAAAGUGGUCUUAUUGAGGAACAUGGUAGGACCGGGAGAGGUUGAUAAAGAACUAGAGCCAGAGACGGCAGAGGAAUGCUCUAAAUAUGGGAAGGUCAUCAAGUGUGUCAUAUUUGAAAUUCCUAAUGGAGAGGAUGAUGAAGCUGUGAGAAUCUUUGUUGAGUUUGAAAGAGUUGAUUCAGCCAUUAAAGCAAUUAUUGACCUGAAUGGUAGAUUCUUUGGUGGUCGAGUUGUCAAAGCUUGUUUUUACAAUUUGGACAGAUUUCGGAGACUGGAUCUAGGCGGUGAAAUAGAUUCCUGACCUUUGUGUAUUACCAUCAUCAAGUCCCAUCACUCAUUCACUUAUGUCCAUUUUUAAUGCGAAGUUGAUUUAUACAGUGCAAAAUUAUUACAUUGAAAAGAUAAAGAUUUUUAAGAAUUAAAAAUUGCAAUGUUUAAAGAUUUCUUUGAGUUCACAAAGAAAGCACUGUACAUAGACUAGACAGAUGUACGUGUUAUCUGAGAUGAUUUGUGUUGCUGAUGUACAUGUUAACGUAAAACAUUUAGAAUGCUAAGAGAAAUACAGAAAGUAAAUACAAGUCUUCAACAAAUCAAAACUAAUAUUAUAGUUCUCAUCAUAUACAUGUAUGCCAUACUUGUAAAGUUUAGUUCUUUCCUUGUGGUAUGCACUUGUGUUUGAGGUAAUGGUAAUAAAGUUGUACUGUAUUUCUGAACCAAAUGGGAAAAAUAUCAAA